AUGUCUCCGCUCGCCCUCUUCGCGUUCCCACGCCGUCGAACGGACAGCGACGACGUACGAUGGGCCAUAAUCCUCCGCGCGUUCCGCGCCGUGGUCCCUUGCGAUCAAUGUGGGAGGGCCUCGCAAUAUGCUCGACGUGAUGCGCCGCUGGCAUUCCCCGUGGUGCCCGGGCCUUUGUUUCUUUCCGGGCUUCUGAGGCUACCAACGCCUCCCGUGUCCCGGCACACGUCUCUACUCGUUCACAUCGCGCUCGUGUGCCGUCAGACGGAUGACGACAGUGGACGGCAUGACCUGACUCCGUACCGUUGUCCCUUUCGGGACGUCUUCUCGGCUUCGCAGCGGCGGCAGCCGAGCUCUGCUUCUCCCUCCCGCGGAGCGAUGGUCUCGCGGCCGCCCUCUUCGCCUCCAGCGCUGCCUUCCGCCGGCUAUCGUGCGCAUGCUCGCUUCCCGCCCUCCUCCGGUGUCCGUCGACCUCGUCGUGUGGGGAUCCAUCUCGCGCACCUGCUCGGCGCUGAUCUGGGUAAGCUCGAGUUGUACCACUCACCUGUCCUGGGCUGAUGCCUCGCUGCGCAUCGACGGCGAGGGGCAGCAGUGUGUGGGGCAGAGGUGGUGUAGGGUGUGGGACGAU